GAAGUCUCCAACCCAACGCCUGACCUUGUCCCCAGUCCCACGUCACUCACCCUUUCCAAAUUCCGGACGACCAAAGGAAAAAAAAAGAAAAAAAGAAGAAAGAACUCUGGACAUGCGAGCACCAACAACAUGGAUGAUCCAAAGUGUUUCAAUCGCUCAUCACCUAUCUGCCGGCCGAACCGAACCCUUACCCUCUCCAUGGGCCCUUGUGAGGAUUAGACUAGAACUUGGUGAUUACUGCAGUGAUCGGCAACUGCAUCUCGGUGGAGUCACUGCGUCAACAACAACUGAAGCAGAGGAGGAACAUGUCAUUCCCACCUCAGGCUUACUGAGUGCGAGCUCCGUGGAGUACCUCCCUAUGCUCCUUACCUCAUUCGUGUUGAAAUGGACUACCUUACUGUACUGACACUGGACCUAGCACCCCCGGAGCUACCCUUCCCUCGCGUCUUCCCGCGCGGUACCGGAAUUGGUGCUUCUCAGGUUGUACCAGUCCAGACAGCUACCUCCCGCCCUUCAGUCCAGACAACCUCGAGGUAGUCCCGGGCAAAGGAGGGCGCCCACCCACUCUCCCACCUGGGACGUGACCUUUCUGCAGUCAAAGAGUCAGAACAAGUGUCAGCACCACGCGAACUCAAUGGUAUUGGCCUUCAGAUGACCCAACGUCAUGGCGAUCUUCUCCAUAUUCUCCCCCACGACUGCACAUUGCAUGCUGAAAAAUCAGCAGACGGUGAUGCUUCCUUCCCUGUCGCCAUGCUUUCGCCGGCCAAUGGUACUCUCGUGCGUCUUUUUGCUCCGACUUCCAAUGCCCCAUCGAUUCCCUUUCCCAAAAGCGUGGGCAAACUGAUUCGUGUGGCCGACGACUCUGCUGGUCAUCUGAAACCAGCUAGCGGCCGCGAUGUAGACGGCAUGUCGUUUCCAUCGUGCUCAUUCGACACGCCCUCUACGGUGUUUCUUGCACUGGUCCGCACGGCAACCAGCAUCACUACUGCCAAGGUGCCAACGGUGCCAUCGUCUGAAGCUCUAUGGUCAGAGGGCAGCAAGGGCAGUUCUGAAUGCAGGCAGACCUGGGCUUGCCCUUUUGCCCAAUCCAGUUACCUUGAAGACUGCAGGAAAGCCAAUCACGCUUGGGUUUCUUGGACCUCAG